AUGAUUGUGGUCGUGCCAACACGUGAUUCAACGACACCCGUAUCUAACACGGACAAAUGUGCCCCGUCCUCCUCUGCAGCCCAGGAUGACGACGACGGCGACGACGACGACAGCAGCAGCAGCAACAACAGUCGCCGCAACAGCGGGGGCGACGACGACGAGGAAGACAACCAAGCCGACUACGGAAGCGCCGCACCUAGCAAUGCAGGCGGUGGCCUUGGGUCCAAUGCAGGGGGCGGAGGCCGCGGCAUCGGCCUUGGAGCCAACGGAGGGGGCAGAAUAGGAGGUAAUGCGGGCAUCGGAGCAGGAGCUAACGGGGGCAUUAAUGUGGGAGGCGAAGCUGGCGGCAAUGUGGGAGGCAAUGUGGGAGGCAAUGCGGGAGGCAAUGUGGGGGACAAUGUGGGAGGCAAUUUGGGAGGCAAUGCGGGUAUCGGUGCCGGCGGCAACGCCGGAAACGACGAAGACUAUUACGCAUACUCGCCAUACCCGUACGACUACGAAGACGACGAGAACGCGGGCAUCGCGGGUGCGGUCGGCGGGGGCACCGGCGUCGCGGACAGCAUCCAGGGCGUGCUUUCCAACGGCAUUCAGUUGAACAUCCCGGAGUGCGAGACGAUAUGCCAGGAUCCUAACGAGUUCGAGACGCCCCUGCCGCCGCAGCCUCGGUUCGAGCUGAACCGGGCGCACGAUUGGGGCAUCGUCCUCCUCAACCAGAUCAUGCAGAACUUCGACAGGCUGACGCCGCCUGGAGUCGGGCGCGUGAUCGGCGUAUUCAGUUCCUGCGUGCACGACGCCGUGGCCGCCCAAGGCGAUUUUGGCAUGACACCGGGAUUUGCCACACCCAGGCAGGCCGCGCCAGGCUUGCAAGUAGACCGCGUCAUAGACGGUGCCGCGUUCACGGCCAUCCAAGCGGCGUUCGAAAAUGACCCCUCUUUCCAGGGCGCCCAGGCCUUCCUGGACCAGGUGUCGCCAUCCCAGGUUGGCCCGCAGUCCUUCCCUCGAGGGCGUGGGCGUGGACGGCGCAGGGGUAGGGGCCGCGGACAAGGUAGGAGGGGCCUGAAGCAGCUCGGCGGUGGCACUUUUGGCAGCGACCCUGCGUUCGUCCUCGGCAGAGAGGUUUGCGAGGAAGUGAUCCAGAUUUUCACGGCCGACGGUGCCGAGGUCGACGGAGACGAUCUGCCAGGCAAUGGCUUCCCCGAGUUCGUUCCGGAGAAUUUGCCGCAGACCACGGCAGGCAUCACGGACUGUCCGGUGGAAAUCCUUUCAUUGGAUUUCUGGCAGCCGCUGUGCGUCCCCGACUUCCUGGAGGAUGGAGGA